GAAAUGUUAAGCUUUGUCUUGUGCAUUGCUCUUCUGGACCAAAAUAUUACUGUCAUACUAAGCUACAUUAAAUUAAGCGUUAUACAAUAAUAAACAAGCAGACACGUGGAGUAGCCUAGCGUUUUUCCAAGUACGUCAAUACGUGUGUCGGUCGCUUUAAGAAGGUCAUUUGACGCAGGCUUUUGACAGCGUUAUCAUGGCGGAUGGAAAGCGGUCUAGUACAGAUCAUUCGCCCGCUUCAAGCAUGUCCUCUCUCGGGAGGGCUCUGUCUCAUUCGGGUUUGAGUCAACUGGAUCAGUCAGAGGUUUUCCAACCUCAAUUGUCUCUUCAUCGAGCCACUUUAACACAGCCGGGACGACGGAGGCGAUGUGUCGAAUCCCCGGAGGUGAGCCCCAGUGUUGAAGCACGGGUAUUGGUCAUCAACACCGGGGGAACUAUUGGAAUGACGUACCAAGAUAAUGUACUACGUCCAGAGGCCAAUGCCUUCGUCAAGGCCCUCCGCAAACUUCCCAUCCUCCACGACGAGCAGUAUGCCGAACAGACGGGGCUGUACGACUUCUGUCCCCAAGAGCAAACUCUGGUCCUCCCGCUUUCCAAGCAGAACAAGAGGGUUGUGUACACAGUCCUGGAGUACUCCCCCCUGCUGGACUCCAGCAACAUGACCACUGACGACUGGGCCAAAAUCGGAAAGGACGUGGAGAGACAUUAUGAGAAGUAUGAUGGCUUUGUGAUUCUUCAUGGGACGGACACCAUGGCGUACACAGCCUCUGCCCUGUCCUUCAUGUGUGAGCACCUGGGAAAGCCCAUCGUCCUGACCGGCUCCCAGGUGCCCAUUUUCGAGUUGAGGAACGAUGGUCGAGACAACCUCCUGGGGGCGCUGUUGAUUGCUGGCCAGUUUGUGAUCCCAGAGGUCUGUCUCUACUUUCACAACAAGCUGUACAGAGGGAAUCGCGUGACCAAGGUGGAUUCUGGGAGUUUCAACGCAUUUUGCUCCCCCAACCUACCUCCGCUUGCCAAUGCUGAAGUGGAUAUCAAAAUAAACUGGGACACAGUGUGGAGGGCCAACAGCACGAUGAAGUUCCAGGUCCACACCGAAAUGAACCGCAAAGUGGGGCUCCUUCGUCUGUUUCCCGGGAUCACGACCGAAACCGUGAAGGCCUUCCUCCAGCCACCGAUGGAGGGGAUCGUCCUGGAGACUUACGGCAGCGGGAACGCACCCAACAACCGCGCGGACCUGCUGGAGGAGUUACGCAAGGCCACCGAGAGGGGCGUGAUCAUGGUCAACUGCACCCAGUGUUUGAGAGGCACUGUCACCGUGUCCUACGCAACCGGCCAGGCCCUGAGUGACGUCGGGCUCAUCGCAGGCCGUGAUAUGACCCCUGAGGCUGCUCUGUCCAAGCUGUCCCACGUGUUGGCCAUGCGGGACCUCAACACGGAGGACAAAAGAAAGAUGCUGAGUAAGAACCUGCGGGGGGAGAUGAUCGCUGACUUUGAGGGGGCCAAGCUCUCCCUGAGGGACAGCCGCUUCAUCCAGGUCAUCGCCAAGUCCCUGAAUAUCUGCUGCAAGGAGGAGCUGGAAGCUGUCCGCGAUGCGCUGACCCCUAGCCUGGCCUGCGCCGCUGCUAAGAUUGGGGACAUCGAGGCCCUGGAAGCCAUUCUGGAAAUGGGUAGUAUCCUGAGCAUGGAGAACUAUGACAGCCGUACCCCCCUGCACGUCGCUGCCUGCGAGGGCCAUCUCACUGUGGUGAAGUACCUCCUCAUCCAGGGAGCCACCGUCCAUGCCCGGGAUCGCUAUGGACACACGCCCCUGCGCAACGCCGUCCGCUUCCGACACAAGGAGAUAGUGAAACUGCUGAGGCAGACAGGGGCCCACUUGUCUCAAGAGGAGCUGGACGAUGCAGGCUCUGAACUCUGCAGUCUGGCAGCGAGCGGGGACCUGGAGGGACUGAUGAUGUGGCACCUGGCGGGGGCGGAGAUGGAAAUGGUCGGGUACAACGGACAGACGGCCAUGGACAUAGCUCAGGCGACUGGAAACACCGAAGUGCUGGAGUUCUUGCAAACGGUUGGGAAGUGCAGGAAUACGAAUGGGGGCCUGUAAUUUAUGGAACGUCCAAGAAAGAUCUGAGCGCAGAAACCUACAGACGUCCCUAUGUCUCUCUCUCUCCAUCUCUCUCUCUCUCUCUACCUCCCUCCCUACCUCUACCACCCGUCCAUCAUCACGCACCUCUUCACCUACAUGUCUAUGCUAGGCCAUGUUAAAUUCUGCCAUAGCCUGAGUCCAGUCCCAGGCUACCUACUAUUCCGUCCUGCAGAUUCCUGUCUCCAUCCCCAGCCUUGCUACCCAUUGCCAGCCUCCUCAGGUUUCCCCAUGUUGUGCUGUGAGUGGGUCAUAGUAUCACAAAAUGAAUACAUCACCAGCAGCUUGCAAAUUCACACUCAUGUUCAAUUUACAUUUCUACCCCUGAAUAAGGGCAUUCAACCCGGAUGAAGUCAGGUAUUACCCUUUGUUUUGUUUUGUUUAAUUGAUUCAUAUGUCAGUUUAAGUUAUAUAAGUUUCAUUGGUGUAUGUAGGAAAUAAGGAUGUAAUAAUUAAGAGCAUAACAUUAAGAUAUGUAUUUUAGCACUAGGACAACCAAAUGUAUUCUCAUAAACAGUAUGAGCUGGUCAGGUCAGCCCAGGGCUCUUUUACUUCUUUACAGAAAACGGCUACCAUUAAAUUCAUGAACACUCAAAAUGGCUGCUGGUUUCUGUAAAGCAGUGAAAACCCCCUGGGUCCUGUACUGGAUAUUUUUCUACCCAUUAUACCCAGGUCUUCUACCAAAAUAUAUUGCACUUUAAUACUUUGCAUUAGUUCAGUUUAGACUUUGAAUGUCGUCAAAUAUUUAAAUAAUUUGUAAAAUGUGUUCUUUAUUGUUAUAGGACAGGGGAGUGCUCUGUGUUGUGUCAUGUGUGACUCAUUGUUACUCUGUGAUACUGUAGGGAAAAUUCACAGAGCAAGAGAUUCCCCCCUAAAAGUACAAAUCAAAAUCAGACUGCCCUAAUGAACAAGCUGGUUCCCUCAACACUCUCGAAGAUUUAUGUUAAGAGUGUAUCAAUAUAUAUGUAUACACAACAUGUAAUCAACAUGUCAUAUGUAUGCUGUUUUAUUCAAUUGAAUGAACCUAGAACAUUUGUAUAACUGAGCUUAUGAAAAUGCAAGAAACCACAGUGUACACUGUCGAAAAGAGAGCAAAGACUGCAAGUUAAAGAAUUACAUUUAUUCACUUAGAAGAAAGUAGUGAUCAGAUAUGCAGUAUUAUAUAUUCAAUGAUUUCUCUGAUUAUAUAUUAUAUAUUAUUAUAUAUUUUCUAUGAUUUUACUGCUGUUCAGUGUGUCUAUACUUUCUAUGACUUAUUGUUAUAUUUUCACUGAUGUCUAUCAUAUAAUUUCUAUGAUUUUGAUUUGACUGCUGUUUAGUACAUCUGUAUACUCUUUAUGACUUAUUACUGAUAAGUAUUGUUGUUAGAAACGCAUAAGUGACCCCUGUGUAAUCCAAAGUUAAGUCAAAUGAUUAAUAUGAGGUGGAAAGCACCCAAAAUGAUCUAUAGGUCGUAGAAAGUUCUGGAAAACACUAUAUAGGGAAUAGCACCGUGUUACAUGUUUUUCAUGUUAAUGAUUUCAGUUUGUUAGAUGACACAGCCUAUAAAGCAAGAUGUAUGUAAUAAGACCCUUCUUUGUUUUGGAAAUCAAUGGGACAAUUCGCCACAAUGGUUUUAGGACUGAAAAGUAAAUACCUGUAACAUAGCCAAGUCAUAUGAUGGUUUUCAAGAAAGCUAUUGGUUGUGUUGAGAUAAGGACUGAGGAUUUGAACCGGCUCUUGUGCACGUGUGCCACAAUAAAGUCAAAUUUUCUGCAGA